UACAAAUUUCUCUAUCUGUCAUUCACGCGCCAUUGUGCUGCGGAUACUAAAAACGAUAAGAUGGAUAGCAAUAAAAUGAAGCGUACAACGACCAGGGAGCAAUUUAAAUGUUUAGUUUCCAAAAUGAAGGAGCAUCCGGACAUAGCAAAAAUUUUUACUAAAAAUGCACCUGAUUUGGUAGAAAGAUUUUGGGAAAGUGUGCGAGAGGAGUUGAAUUCGAUUGGACCGCCAUCAAAAACCAUUGCCGAAUGGAAAAAGGUUUGGUCGGACUAUAAAUCGGCGAUAAAGAAGAAGCUCGCGCAUAACAAAAGAGAGCUACAAGCGACUGGUGGAGGAGAAAAUAGGGAAAUUCCCUUAACAUCUAUGGAAGAAGAAUUUGCUACCCUUGUGUUUUGGAGUGCCACAGGGGAGAAAUGA